GUCGUUUGGUAGUGGUUGGGGCAGGGUUUAGUGCAGGAAUUUAUGAUCCCAAACCCAAAGGGCAACAAAAAAAGGAAAAAGCUUUUGAUAGAAAGAUAUCGCUAUUAGGCAAACAAGAAAUCUCACAUUUUUCUUCUUCUUCCUCUUCUCAAUUUAAUCUGAUGGCAGCCACAGCAGCAACAGCAGCAGCCUCUGGUCUUCAGAUGGCAACAGCAGCAAGACCCUGCAUUUCAUCAUCAGGUGGAGCAAUGCUUCGAACCGCCACUUACAAAGUGGCUGCAUUUUCGAAGCUUUCCAGUGCUUCUCACAUUUCAUCCUUUGCUUCUCGCUCCUUCACCUCUUCUCCCCUUAAAUUCGAUAAGGCUAAGGCCUCUGCUACUGUUAAGGCUAUGUCUCAAACUAGUGAAACCAGUGUUUCUGGCUUGCCUAUUAAUCUUAAAGGUAAGAGGGCUUUUAUUGCUGGUAUUGCUGAUGAUAAUGGCUAUGGUUGGGCCAUUGCAAAGGCUCUUGCUGCUGCUGGUGCUGAAAUUCUUGUGGGGACUUGGGUGCCUGCCUUGAACAUUUUUGAAUCCAGCCUUCGAAGAGGAAAAUUUGAUGAGUCUCGAGUGUUGCCAGAUGGUUCUUUAAUGGAGAUAACUAAAGUAUAUCCUUUGGAUGCAGUUUUUGACAACCCUGAGGAUGUACCUGAAGAUAUCAAAGCAAACAAGCGUUAUGCAGGGUCUAGCAAGUGGACGGUUCAGGAAGUUGCUGAGUCUGUAAAGAGUGAUUUCGGCAGUAUUGACAUUCUUGUUCACUCACUUGCCAAUGGACCAGAAGUAACUAAACCUCUGCUGGAGACAUCGAGGAACGGGUAUCUUGCAGCAUUAUCUGCUUCGAGUUACUCCUAUAUUUCGCUACUCAAGCAUUUCGUCCCAAUAAUUAAUCCAGGUGGUUCUUCACUUUCUCUUACCUAUAUUGCUUCGGAGAAGAUAAUUCCUGGAUACGGUGGAGGUAUGAGCUCUGCAAAAGCUGCUCUUGAAAGCGAUACUCGGGUGCUUGCUUUUGAAGCGGGUAGAAAACACAGAAUUAGGGUCAACACAAUCUCGGCUGGGCCAUUGAGAAGCCGUGCCGCGAAAGCAAUCGGUUUCAUCGACAUGAUGAUUGACUAUUCAAUAGCCAAUGCACCAUUGCAAAAAGAACUCUCUGCAGAUGAGGUAGGAAACACAGCCGCGUUCUUGGCAUCGCCGUUGGCUUCUGCCAUCACUGGCACUGUUAUCUAUGUUGACAAUGGUCUUCAUGCAAUGGGUGUGGGAGUUGACAGUCCAAUAUUUAAAGAUCUUAACAUUCCAAAGGAUGAGCAUCACUAAGAGCAAAUAUUUCUAGUUUGAGUUUUAAUAAACGGUAGCCAAAGAUUUCACAUUUUUGGUAUCUUAGACUAUAGUAGUACUAUAAGAGCAAAUAUUUCUAGUUUGAGUUUUAAUAAACGUAGCUAAAGAUUCCACAUUUUUGGUAUCUUAGACUUUGGUAAUAGGCUAGUGUAGUAGUCCUCAUGUUUUGUAUUGGCUUUUUCUUUUCUUUUUAAUUUCUCUAUUAUUGGAACCAUUUUUUUAUAGCGAACUAUUUGUGUAUUUUAUUAAAUUUUUAACUACUUGUGAGUGAAUGUUUAUUUUUUAA